CCGUGCCACAUCAGCAACCAGUCACACAUCAACUGGUCACGUCAGUGCAUGGUGCUCACCCGCUCAUAGACAAGCGGCAUGGAGCAGCAGCCAGGCGAGACUACUGAGGUCUAUGAGGCCCGCAUGUUGGACAUGGUAGCAAAGUACAAGCAACGGGCAGCUGCGGCAACAUCUGCACGUAAGAAGGACGAUGAGGAAGCAGAGGAACAGCGUCGCCUCGCUGAACAGCAGCGACAGGCGGACACUGAGGCAGCAAGAAAGGCCGCAGACGAAUGCCGUCGACUACGCCGAGACAAACUCCUCGAAUGCGAGGGGGAUAUCGAGGUAAUUGCCGGCAAAUGGGCAGUGGCUGCUGAAGAGGAGGGUGCCGCCUCUCAUGUGCGUGACCUUGCAACCACAAGCAAACAUGUGAGCGACUUGGUGCGGCGACAUUGGUCACGUCAGUGCAUGGUGCUCACCCGCUCAAAUACAAGCGGCAUGGAGCAGCAGCCAGGCGAGACUACUGAGGCCUAUGAAGCCCGCAUGCUGGACAUGGUAGCAAAGUACAAGCAACGGGCAGUUGCGGUAACAUCUGCACGUAAGAAGGAAGAUGAGGAAGCAGAGGAACAGGGUCGCCUCGCUGAACAGCAGCGACAGGCGGACACUGAGGCAGCAAGGAAGGUCGCAGACGAACGCCGUCGACUACGCCGAGACAAACUCCUUGAAUGCGAGGGGGAUAUCGAGGUGUUUGCCGACAAAUGGGCAGUGGCUGCUGAAGAGGAGGGUGCCCCCUCUGCUGUGCGUGGCCUUGCAACCACAAGCGAACAUGUGAGCGACUUGGUCGCCACCUGUGCAGUACAGCAAGAGGACAUCCUCUGCGUGGACACCUUGGUCCGAAAGCAGAUUCGAGUUAUUGAUGAGCUGCUUGACCGGGUACGUCAGGUGGAACAGCAGCUUGCAUCAGUCACCCCCGCCGGACCCUUCAACUUGACGAACCGCGUCAACGUUUUGGAAAUCGACGUCAAGACUCUCAAGGACGGCGCUCUAACAACAUAUCAGCGGAUUGACCUGACCAGCAGAUUUGCGCCGCCGCAGCCAGUCCAAUCGCGACUAAUCGCGAGAGCAUCCCGAAGUUUGACGGCGUCCCGAUCUUCUACGAUGCUACGAAGACGGACCCGAUUCCAUGGUGGCGCCAGUUUGAGCUGAAGUUGGACAUUCACCACGUCAUCAACCCGAACCGGCACGCAUACUUAUACUCCCGCUCGAGAGGCGCAAGCCAAGCAU